GGAUGAAUACGAGGGCUUAGUUGAGGUUCGGCCGGCAAGGUAGAGACGACGGGGAUGUGUUGGUGCUUUCUGCUUUCUCUGUGAUGCAUAUUAUUUACAUAUUUUUUUCUUUCUGCAUUGUUAGGAAGUAAGUAAGUAAGCAUUUCACUAUUAAUUUACACCUAUUUUUUACAAAGUAUGUGACAAAUACAAUUUCAUUUGAUAGGUGGGUUUAGCCUUGUCACUCCUUCAGCAACCUAAAAUGACCAUGAUGAAUAAAAAACAAACAGUAACAGCAUUAGCAUAUUUACCAUUACACCAUCGUUCAUAUGUAAGACAAAUCAUGUUUUCCGAUCUCAAGGACCAUUUUAGAUUUAAAUUUAGCUACACGUAACCCAAAACAGGUUACAGCAUUGAAAACAUUCACCUUUUACUUCAUUCCCUUAUCUUCUAGUGUGACCAUUAAGCUGUUCACGUCUCAAUUGUUUCCCAUCUAGCACCAUUCAGAUUAGCCUAAUAGCCCAGAAAGGUUUACACUGAUCAUAUUAAGGGUAGUUACCUCCAAUCUAGGGAACAAUUUUAAACAUCCUAUUAUUUUACUCAGUUUUGAAUUUAUUAGAAAGCUUGCUUAUCGGAAGUAUGUGUAUAUUAUUGCCCUAAUGUAGUGGAACUAAGGUGUUAUUCCUGUUGAUAUGCCGGUGUUGCCACAAAUCACCUGUGAGAAACUGUAUAAAAGGACCAAUGUCUUGUAUCAAUUCACAAAAAGCCUGCAUCUCUCACUGAAGAAUAUCCAUUCACAAGGUAAGAUAGUUUUCAAAAUAUACCCUUCCAGUAUUCUGUUGUUUCAACUAUACAUUUCUACUUAAUACAUGCAUUCUUGUGUCUAGCUUACUAUAUGUGUAAUACAUUUACAGAAAUAUAACAGUUAUUUAGAAAUAUAAAGGAACCCCUGUAUUGUAAGUGUAAGACAUUCUCCACAAUUGCAUGUUUUUUUCUCUUCCUGACUUUCUCUGCCUCUCGCUUCUCUCCUCGUUUAGUUUUGUCACCAUGAAGGUAGCUUUGUUUUCACUGGUGGUUCUCUGCGUGGCUGGGAUGCUGCGUGCUGAAGUCCUGUCCCAGUCUGACGAGAACAGUCUCACAGAAAAUGGACAUGGUUUGGGGAGAAGAUACGCAGAGUCAACCAUCGCCAGUGACAUGAGCAAAAUCAUGGACUCCAUGGUGCAGAAGAAUUUUGUCAACUUCCUGCUCAACCAGAGAGAGAAAAAGAGCAUGUCUAAUGUCACUCCAGAGGAAGAUCCAGAGGCUCGCCUGUACUACAAUCUCCUGAAAAAGCUUGCACUGUGCAUUCGCAGCAAGGGACAGAUCCAUUGAUGUUUUGAAGAAUAUCAACAAAUGAUCAACAUUGGUGGGAGAGUAAUGCAAAGAGAAGUCAACAAAAACAUGACAAUUUGGAGGAAAAUGUAUGCUAUCUAUUUUUGUGUACACAAUAUAUAUUGUAAACUAAUAACUAAUUGUUAAGGGGAAAUAAAAUAGCUUGAAUUAAAAAA